GUAGGUCGGAUUUUUUUUAUUUCUUUUAUUUUCUUUCUUGGGCCAAACUCAAAACGACAUAAAAACCCUGCGUUUUGAUUCAAAAUUACAACAUCAUCGUUUCGCAACUGAAUCAACCUUCUUCAUCGAUUUUUGCAUCCAUUAUUCAUCACAACAUGGUUUGCUUGGUUUGUUUGGUGCCUCUCUUUCUCGUCCCAAUCGUUAAUUUUCUCCCUCUUCUCUUCGAUUUUCUAAUGGGGAAAAUCUAUGCGGCUUUUGGGUGGGAGUAUAGAAAACCAGAGAGGGUUCCUCCAGCAUGUCCAAUCAAGCCUUCAAACAAAACUAUUAAUAAACAGGAUGAGGUAAGUGUUGGACCAUCUCCUACAGAACCUACUAAACCUGGAAGUGUAGAUGUCAAGCAGGAUUAAUCUGGGGUAGCUCCUCUACAACAAGGUUUGAUAGAAAGAAAGAAAAAAAAAAAACAUGAUCGCAUCUGAUGGUUCAUAUCUGUAACUUCUAUUAUAAAUAUUGGUGUUGUCAUCGUCAUCAUCAUAUUACUUGAGAUCGUUUAUAUAAUACAAGUUGGUAGUUUGGUGUAAGAUGGUAUUCAUUUGAUUAUUUUUCUUCCUUUUUCGGAAGAUAAGUAUCAAUUCAAUAUCAAUUUUUGCUUGUAAAAUCUAUAACAUUGGGCCUUCAUAUUCACGAUCAUCCCAAAAAGGGAAGAUCAUUUUGCACUUUUGUGAGGAUAGUUGUGUGAACAAUAGCACGUGACACUUUUGUUUUCUUUUUACUACAUAAGAGACUUGUUUGUAUAAAACAUUCCAGUGCCAUUAAAAUAAAGGAAAAACAAAAUCCACUGGCCUAA